AAAGAAACAAAAACUCAUCAUGGUUUCAUGAAUUUGUCAAUUGCGGAUUAGUUCAAAACAGUAGGAAUGUUUCCUCCAAGUUUUCCUGAAAACUUCAACGCACAAGAGUGGAAGGGUAUAUUUGUCCAAGCUCUUGAAAAUGUUCAGCACCAAGUGCACCCAACAUUGAUAGCUAAAGAGGAUGCUUUGCAAUACAUAGAAAGCCUGAUCAUCAGCCUGCUUGGAACACUGUGUGCUUCUCAGCCCCACUCAGUGCAGGAUGUCACAGACAGGGUUAACAAGACCUUCCCAGACCCUAUCGACAAGUGGGCAAACAGAGAUGCCAACAUUGCUCUGGAGAAGGGCAAGAAAAAUUCUAACAUUGUUUUGCCAGUGGAGAAAAUUCAUCAGUCGAUUGUGAAGGAUGUCCUGGGGUACAAAAUAGAAUACAAUGUGACAUUGUACAUCGUGGCUGUGCUGGAGUACAUUGCUGCUGAUAUCCUUAAGUUGACUGGAAAUUAUGUGAGAAAUAUCAAGCACACAGAAAUCACAUAUCAGGACAUAAAGGUUGCAAUAUGUGCAGAUCAGGUGUUGAUGGACAUGUUUUCUCCAGAGGAAGAUGUGUCACUGCCCCUCGUGGAGGAGCCCAUUGGCUUACGGACAGAGGCCCAGUCAUAUGAGGACAUUGUCAAGGAUUUUAUCUUUGAGGAAACGCAGUACAUGAGGGAUCUCAGCCAAAUCAUUAAAGUCUUCAGAGCUCCGUUUGUCAAGCAUUUCCCAACCAGCAAGGAUCUGGAGAUCAUAUUUAGCAACAUUUUGGACAUUUAUGAGUUCACUGCCAAUCUGCUGAGUUCUGUAGAGGAACAGGUGGAAGUUGCUGCUGAGAGCGAGACGCUGACAGUGGGGAUAUGUUUCCUAGACAUGGCGGAGGAGGAGGAAUUCAGUGUGUAUGAGAAGUAUGUGGAUGACAUGUUGUCUCCUAGAGGGAAAGAAAGACUCUACACUCUGAUGCAGAGAGGUGAUCUCAACAAAACUCUGGAGGAUGAAGGUCAUGGAUUUAAAGAUGCUGUCAAAUAUGUCUUGCCAAAGCUACUACUAGGGCCAAUCUACCAUUGUCUUCAUUAUUUUGAAGUCAUAAAGGGUUUAACACAUGUGAGUCAGAAUGAAGAAGAUCUUGAAUUUUUGGAACAGGCCAAUGGGUUGUUAGCAUCAUUACGAUCAGUCUUGGAAAGCAAGAUCAAAAAUGUCAAUCUACCGAGAACAAAACCUUGGGAAACAUCCCUGAGACUGCAAGGCAGAACUGGUAUACAACAGGUAGUACAAAAAAUGUCAGAGCUGCAGAAAAGCAUUGAUGGAUGGGAGGGCAAGGAUAUCUGGCAAAGCUGUAGUGAAUUUAUUCUUGAUGGGGUUCUUAUGAAACAUACAAAAAGUAAACCAACAGAGAGACACGUGUUUCUGUUUGAUGGUCUGAUUAUCCUGUGUAAACCAAACAUUAAGCGAUCCUCUGUGACCUACCCAACGGGAGACUUCAAAUUGAAGGAGAAAUUCCACAUCCGGAAGGUGGAGAUCAGAGAUAAAGAUGACACAGAUGAACUAAAGAAUUGGUUUUUGAUAGUACCUCGUGAUCAUCCCAAUAAUAGUGUCUCGUUAACUGCCAAGUCUGCAGAGGAGAAAAGUAACUGGAUGGCUGCUCUGAUAUCUCUGCAGACCAGGAGUAUGCUAGAGAGGAGAUUGGACAGCAUCUUAAAGGAGGAAGAGAGAGACAGGCCUCUUAUACUUCCUCCUCCAGAGACUUACAGGUUUGCACAUAAGGACACUACAGAUAACAUAGUGAUGGAGGAGACUGGAUCCUCCCCCACAGAGAUCCCCCUCAUUAAGGGGGGCACACUUCUGAAGCUGAUAGAGAGGCUGACCUACCACAUGUACGCAGACCCGAAGUUUGUGAAGACUUUCCUCACCACAUUUAGGUCCUUCUGUACGCCUCUACAGCUUCUGGAUCUGCUUAUUGAGAGGUUCAAUAUUCCAGAUCCUCCAGAAAACCUGAAGAUCGACAUCAAUCAGGAUGUUGAUACUAAUCAGCGAAUCAAAGAUGAUCUCAAGAAAUUCCGCAAGGAAUAUAUUAAACCUGUGCAAUUUAGGGUUGUAAAUGUCUUACGUCACUGGGUGGACCACCACUACUAUGACUUCGAGAGAGACCAAACUCUGUUGUUCAAACUGAAUACGUUUCUCAAAAAUGUUAAGGGCAAAGCAAUGAAGAAAAUGGCAGAGUCUAUUCUCAAGGUUAUCCGAAGACGGUUUGAAAGCGUCAGUACAGAGAGAGAUAUUAUUCAUGCCAAACCAGCCCCAACUACAGAAUGGCACCUCACAAAGGAUAAAGAACAGUUUGAUCUGUUAACGCUUCACCCGAUUGAGAUAGCCAGACAGGUGACACUGCUAGAGUUUGACUUGUACCGAGCUGUUCAGCCGUCAGAACUUGUGGGUUGUACAUGGACGAAGGAAAACAAGAGUACUUCUUCACCCAAUCUUCUCAAAAUGAUCAGUUUUACUAAUAAUUUUAUAUGCUGGCUUGAGAAGUGUAUUAUAGAGACUGAAAAUUUUGAGGAAAGAGUAGCGGUUGUAAAUAGAACUAUGGAAAUUAUGUUAGUGUUUCAGGAACUGAACAAUUUUAAUGGUGUUUUAGAAAUCGUUAGUGCAAUAAAUUCUGCGUCUGUUUUCAGACUGGAACAUACAUUAGAUAAAGUAAGUUACAGGAAGCAGUUUGAAGAUGCCAAAGAGCUUAAUGCAGACCAUUUUAAGAAAUACAUUGAAAAACUGCGAUCUAUAAAUCCCCCAUGUGUUCCAUUUCUUGGUAUGUAUUUAACAAACAUUUUAUUAACGGAAGAGGGCAAUCCAGAUUUUCUGCAAAACAGACCAGACAUUAUAAAUUUUAGCAAGCGACGGAAAGUAGCUGAAAUAACUGGAGAGAUUCAGCAAUAUCAGAACCAGCCGUACUGUCUGACCGUAGAGCAGGAAAUGAGGGAGUUCUUUCAGAACCUGAAUCCACUGGGAAACAUGACGGAGAAAGAGUUCAAUGAUCACUUGUAUGAGAGCUCACUGAAAAUUGAACCCCGAGGGACACUUCGACUCCAAAAGUUCCCCAAAAGGUUUGAUUAUCCCUUGAAGUCUCCGGGUAUUAAGCCAAAUGCCAUGAGGACCUCCACUAGGGGUCACUUCUUCCCUCUGCUGCCCUCAGGUGGCACAGGCUACAGAAUCCUCAACGACACAGAGGAAGUAGAGCCCCAGUCCCCUCUACAAACUUCCCCUCCCUGCUCCCCAACAGAUGUGUUUGAGCCUGCCUCUCCCACAAAGCCAGGUAAUUCAGAACACAAGUCAAAUGAAGCUAGUCAUUUAUCUGCGAUACCACCUCUUCAGCCUCCUCCAAAGACGCACGGGGAUCGCAAAAACUUUCAGUCUCCCCCACCUCUUCCUCCUCGUAUGAAACCAGGAAGGGAAACAGAUCCUCCCAUUCCACCUCGGAAUAUCCCCCCUCCUGUGCCUCCACGGCAUGACUUUCAAACAACCCAGCAUUUUCGACCACCAAGUGCUACACUACCACGACCAAGUCAUAGGAGUCCUAGCCAGUCGGAAUUCCAUCAUGUUAAUGGGAAUAGAGACACUGAUGAGGGUAUCCCAAAGCUACCCCCUAAAACCUACAGGCUGACUCAUCACACGAGGCAGAAAAGUAGCUAGGGCAGUAACUGUGUUCCACUUCUCAGCAAUAUUUUCUUCAUGUUCACCAAAGAAUGAUUUCAUGUGAAAUCAUUCCAGAUUUAAAAAUUCAGUGUGCAUGGUUGUGCCUUUGUCACUUUCGAAAGAGAAUGGAAAAAAAUGUAAUACUUAAUCAAAAGGUAUUGGGCUGUACUAAAAAGUACUUACAAAGCCUUUAUUCAGAGUUUCUUUAUUGCAGAAAUGCAAACGGUGGACUUUGUUCCAACAGAGCGCAUUUCUUUGCACAGAAUUCAACAAAUGUGAAAUUCAUGGCCCAUUCACUUAUCAGAUUCUGGAAAUUUUGGUGCAGAUUCAUUAUUAAGAUUGAAAUCCUUCAUUUUUGUGACAAUUCAAAACAUGGAUGUUACCAUUAAGCUUUCCUUCCAAAGGAAAUUCACUUGCUCACAGGACCUGUCAUAGUAGUGCUCAACAUGGAAAUAGCAUUUGGAGAUUCUGGACAAAGAAAUUUUACUUUCUGUUGUGAGUAGUGAAAAGGUAUUUUAUAUGAUUUGAAAAUUGUCAAGAACAUGCUGUUUGAGUGAGUGUAUGAAAAGCAUCUAUGGAGCAGUAAGCUGAUAUUAUCCUAGUUCUUUAAGUGCCAAUAAGAUGUUGAUGCCUAUCAUGUUAUGAAAUGGGAGGUGCUGAAUAUGAUAAAUAUUCACAAGUUACGAGAGGUGUGGCUAUAGCAUGUCAUUCAUGUGAUACAGAUUGUUUUCUAGUGCUAAUGUGCUGAGCAGAUUACUGUAGUACUAUAUCGAUGUUGAACAUUGUUGAAUUUUGCAAUGAAUUUGCCAAAGAAAAAAAAAUAAUUCUGUUGUUUUCAUUGUUGCUUGAUAAGGAACAUUUUGAAGGAGUCAUUCAGAUUAAAUAUACAGUGAUGUCAGCAUAUAAUCCAUAAUGAAUUUGUUUUAUUCAUGUUGAAUGUGAUUGACAAUUGAAAGUGAUUGACAAUUGACUUUUCCUGUGGGAGGAGUUAUACUGAUUAGGGGAGGCAAGUCUUGGCCAUAGAUCACAACGCUGGAAUAUCUUAAGUGGAAAUUUCUUAUGUGCAUUUUUUUUGUGUGUGCUAUAAUUUGAAUUUUUUUUUUAUUGUGAACAACUCUUAUUUGUUUUUGCUUUUUGGUAGGUUGGGGUUUUUUUGGGGGGGGGGGGGGGGGGUGAUAUUUAUUUAAAUUUAGUUUGCUGUUUUAUUUCGUCUACAAAGCAUGUUGCAGACACACAAGGAUAUGACUUUUUAAGAUGUUAUGUUGGCCAAGUCGCACUUUUACAUUGCACCACCUGUAGAGGACACCAGUAUAUUAGUUUAUUUCAUCAUUAAAGUUAAACAGCUGAAUGUUGUGGAGAGAGUUAAAUGUUGGAUAAGAAGGCUGUGUGUGAUGUAUGUUUCUGUAUUUUGGUUGAAAUCUGAUUUAUUUUAAUCAAGGAAAGACACAAAAUUAGAAUUUUUCGUGUGAGUAUAAAAUGUCUGAAAACAUUGUUUGUCAUGACGGUCCAGAGUGCCUGUCAAAUGGUACAACUUGCUGCAAAGACUUCAAAUAGCUGUUUACAUGUAGAUGAUUGCAGUGAUAUUUCAUUGUUGUUAUUUUGCUUGAAAUACUAGUUAUAAUACUUGCUGUAGCAUACAAAACAUUUGUAAUGUGGUAAGUGUUCAAAUUGUAAUUCUGAUUAUGUUCACACAUGUAGACAAGUGUACAGAUAAGAGAUAUGGCAAAGAGCCAUACAAAGAGUAUGUUUGAUCUGACAUUUUUUACAAUGUUCGUGGUGCUGGUGCAGAAAGUUACAGAUAUCACAAGCAGUGAAAACACAUGUAAUGUGAAAAAAUGGGUUUAUACUGGGGAAAAAUAUGUUAGUAUUGUGAUUUAUGGCAAAGAAAUGGCCAAUCCUGAAUCAGUAUUAAAUAUGUUCUCUCAUUAUUGGAAAUAAAACACUUAAAAUACGCUUAAAA